AUGGAACAGACACCAAGUCAUGAACAAAAUAUAGAAGAACGUGCCGAUGAAUUAAUUAAUUCAUUUCGAAAUUCAUUUUGGAUUAAAGAACAUCAAUGGUUUGUUCGAUGUUUCAUACAAACACGAACUAUUUAUCUCCAUACUUUAUCUGAAAUAUUUUCAUACUCUAAGAAUAGGUUUCCUCAUUCAUUGAAAUCGAACGAUUUACAUUAUGAUCAUCAAGAGUUUUAUAAUAAAAUAACUACCAGCUAUGAUGAGAGAUUAUUUCACCAACCGAUACCAUCGCAUAUUCGUUUGGCUAAUAUUAAAGACCUUCAUAUAGAACUUCCAAUCAAUGAUCAAUUUUGGUCAAUUGUUCCAAAUUUGAAUCAACUGAACUCACUCAGAGUAGUAUCUUAUGCUGAUAAUUUUCAGUCUCAAAUGCAAGCUUUGCUUGAUCAUGCACCUAACCUUGAUUGUUUAAAUAUUUGUCAAAAUGUAUUAUUACCUUUACAAAUAUCAUUAUUUCAAUGUACAAAUGGAUCAGUUCGUCAACUUUAUUUACAAGGCUGUAAUUACUAUUUUAAUGAAGACGAAUGUAUUAGAUUGUGUCAUUCAUCAUUAGGUAUUCAGUGUGAAGUUCUUUCUAUUCGAGUUAAUAAUCGUGAAUGCAUAAUUUAUCUUGUCAAAAAUAUGAAAAAUCUUCGAUCAUUAAGAAUUCAAUGUGAAGAUGAAAAGAAUUAUAAACAAUUAUCACUAGAUAAGAAUGAUAAUGAUAAAUAUGUUGAUGGAAAAAUGGAAAAUGAAGAUGAAGUUGUUAAAUGGUUAAAAGAUCAUUUACCAUCAAUGUGUUUAGUAUUUAGAGUUCCAGAUUACAUUAAAGAUAUUUUAAUAUGGAUUUAA